CCCAGUAAAAUCAGAUAAAUAAGGUCAGAAUGAAACCAGAGUAAAAACUAGCUCAAAUCUGGCAAAACAAAACUCAGCAUUUCCUUUUAAAAUUAAAAGAUUGUGGCGUAUAUACAAUGUAUAUAUUUCACACCCGAAUGUAUGCUCUUAUUGUGAAGGGGAGAAGGUGAGAAGAGAAGACACCAAAGGCUGUACUUCAUUGGUUUUUUGGCUUGGAAGACAUUGAGAAUAAAACAAGAGUCAAAUUAUAUUUUCAUCUUUUUCUGCUGAUUUCCACAUUGGUGACCCUGAUGUGAUUUGAACACGCAACCUUCUGAUUAAAAAAUAUAAAUUAAACAAGAAUGAUAUCAGAUUGAGAAGGCAAUAAAGACUUUAUAACACAAGAUAAAACCAGAACAGAACUGAGAUCAAAUCUGAACUAAAGCUGGGAUCAAAUUUAGUGGAAAACCGGGAAGAACCAGAUAGAAAAAGGACUUAAACUCCAGCUAAUGAAAUAUAAAGAUACUGAAAUCCAAAUCAAGCAGAAAAAUCAUCUCAAUGUUCAUUUAUUUCAAUAAUUAUGUGAAAUAUUGACAUAAUCUGUAGAAGUUCGGGGACAGUGCAGAGGUGUGGUUUAAAGUGAUCACCGUGCUGUCCCGGACUGAUAGAGCGGGGCGGAGCUACUAACGGCUGAGAUCAUUACGAAGAAAUAUCUUCCAAGUUCUGGUCGAACUUCUGAAGCGGACUGGUUCCGCCCAACUUCUUCCCCCUACAGGUUCCGAUUUCUCCCGCCAAUGAGGAAGUUGUGGGAAGUUGGUGGUUCCCCCGCAGGGACGCCAGAGAUGCUCCGCCCGGUAACGGUCCGAUGUUAGCCCGGCUGCUGCUAGCCUCGCUGCAACAGGUCUGCCCCCGGUUCUACGAACCGCCCGGUCCAGAUGGAGAGCAGAACCGCCUCCAGGUACUCCUGGAUCGACUUCGCCUUCUCGGUGGUGGGAGUUUGCACCUUCCUGCUGGACUGGGGCUCCGACCUGUGGCUGGCCAAGGAGUUCUACUGCCGGGGGGACUUGUUCUGGUUCGGGGUGCUGGUCGGCCUCAUGGUUCUGUCCUCUGUCGUGGUCCAAAUGUUCAGCUGGUUCUGGUUCCAGUACGACCGGGAGCUGCCGGGGUUCAGCGAGCAGACCCCCGGGGCAGGGAGCGUGUUCUGCGGGGACCGAGCCAAGCUGUUCUGCCUGUUGCAUGUUCUCCAGCUGGGCUUCCUCUGCAGACACGUGUCGGCCAUCCGUCAGGGCUUCAGGGUGUGGUGGAGGAAGGAGGCGGGGUCAGAGUACGCCGUCUACCUGACGCACGAUCUGAGCAUGCUCCGUCUGAUCGAGACGUUCUGUGAGAGCGCCCCCCAGCUCGUCCUGAUGGUCUACGUCAUGCUCCGCACCAACCGGGCCAGGACCGUCCAGUUUGUGAGCGUGGCGGCCUCCGUGGCCUCCGUGGCCUGGAUGGUGGUGGACUACCACCGCUCUCUGCGCUCCUUCCUGCCAGACAAGGCCGAGCAGCGCUGGGGUUCCUCCAUGGUCUACUUCCUGUGGAACCUGCUGCUGAUUGGCCCGCGGGUCGCCGCCCUUGCCCUCUUCUCCUCCGUCCUGCCCGGCUUCAUCGCCCUCCACUUCCUGCUGCUGUGGCCGGCGCUGGUUCUGUGGGCCUGGCGGCAGGACACCGGCUUCAUGGACAGCGCGGGCGGCGAGUGGCUGUACCGCGCCACCGUGGGCCUCAUCUGGUACUUCAGCUGGUUCAACGUGGCCGAGGGCCGGACGCUGGGCCGCAGCCUCGUCUACCACACCUUCAUCACGGCCGACGUGGCCGUCCUCCUCGCCACCUGGUGGAGCUACAGAGACCCGGUCCAGACGGCGGCGUACGGCGCGGCGCUGCUGCUCGCCCUGCCGCUUUGCUACCUGCUGGGGUUGCUGCUCAAAACGCUCUACUACUGCCGCUUCCACCCCACGCUGCCGCUGGACCGCGACCCACACGACCUGCCCGACUCCGACGUGGCCUCCAGGGCCCUCCCCAUCCAGGACGGAGCGCCGGCCGCCCCGCUGCUCAACCACCGAAUGGCCUGCCACGCCGCGCAUUUCUACACCGACCGGCGCCACGCCAGGGCCAGGGGACUGGGCGGGGCUACCUGUGAAGUGGGCGGGGCCAUUAGCCGAGUGGGCGGGGUCGGGGCGUCUCAUUCCUGAGCACAGCUUCCUGUUCUGCUGCAGCAGCUUCCUUUCCAAAGGCCUUACAGUGGCAGUCGCCCAGGGCAACACAAUUUGACGGCCCCAAAGACUAGAAUAUUUUUAUAAUGAAUGCAUGUUUCUCAUUGGCUCACAUUUUUAUUAAUGUUUCUGAUACUCCAAACAUGGAGCCCUCUCACAUGUGACCCUGCUGUUGCCUUAGCUCACAUAUUAAUGAGUAAAACGUCUUAUUUUACUAUUUUAGUAUUUCUGAAGUUGAUUUUUGAAUAGGGCACCAAACUGGCUCCAGCCCAGGUUCCUUCUCAAUCCGGCCCUGUUGCCGCGGCGAUGGUGUUAUAAGUUGAAAACCGGAACGUCUCUGUGGGAAUGCCAGAGUCACCAGCAUCACUCAGGAAUCUGAUCUUCCCAAAAAGCUUCAGUUUCAUCCCAAUAUUCCGGCUGAUUGAUCGGAAGGAUCCUGGUUUUCUGAAGCUUCCUCCAGUGAGCGUCCCCCUGCUGGACACUAGGGGGCGCUGUCUGCAGGGCGCCUCAGGCAGACAUCAGACUCAUCCAGUGGUUAAGAGUUGAUCCAGAACUUUCUGCUCCGGGGUCGGAAUCAGAACCGGGUCAGACUUCAGGCUGGGCUCUGAUUGGCUCUUCCGGCUCGGCUCAUCGGUUUCCAGGAAACAUCCAGGAGUUUCCAACAUCUGGACAUCUCAGGAACAUUUAGUGAGACCAGAACCAGAACCACAGCUGGUUCUGGUUCUGGUUCCAGCCAGAAACAUCCAAUUAGCUACCUCAGGAAGGAUCUCAGGAUGGACCGAACCGGAUCGGACCACUAACAGCAGCGCUGUGGGUUCUGGUUCUCCGUCUGCAGGAAACGCUCCAGCUCUGGUUGCUAUGGAGACACCAACGACCAGCUGAUGAGUAAAACCUCUGGUUGUUUUGAUGAAGCGCCGCACAGCCUGCUGAAUGAUGCAUCGCCAUGGCGACCAUGCGUCUCCAUGGAGACGACCUUUGCUCCGCUCUGUUUUCUCUGCAUGACCUCGGUGAAUCUGGUUUGUGUUUUUUACAGUAAAUCUUGAAUUAAAUUAAAAUGUUUUACAGUU